GAGGAACGUGAUGGUGAUAGAGCUGCUGGCUCCUCCCCGUCCUGCAGCAGCCUGACGCUACCGAGCAGUUCAGUGUAGCUGCGCACACAAACAGGGAAGAGGAGACGGCGCGAAGAUCUAGUCUCACAACCUCACCGAAACCCACAAAUAAAGUGAUGUCAGACUCUGAAGGCCGCCUUUCCUCUGUCUCCUCCAUCUCCUCCAUCUCCCUGGUGGAGAUCAAGGCUGAGACUACGCUAGUCCUCAAAGCUUUCCUCCAUCGGACCAUUACAAUCCCCCAGAAAGAGAGGCCUGGCACAAUAGGAGGGGCCUACAGAGAGCACAACAAGUUCAGCUCCAAGCCACAACCAAAAGAAAAGGAUGGGGGGGAUGCUCAAGCUGAAGAUGUCAAUUCAGCAGAUGAGAAGAAGAGCGGAUUCAAGGACUUCAUAAGGCAGCUGCCUCGUCAGAGCACCACUCGCCGUGCCGCCAAAGACCCUAAAGGCUCGUUGGGCAGGGACAGUAAGGCGAAACUGUCACAACAAACAGAAGAUGAUGUCAUAUCGCCCUCCUCUACGUCAGAAGACGACGACGGCGAGAAGAAACAGUCGAGGAAGCUGAAACAAAAGAAGUUUAAAAAAAGGCUCUCCAAGUUCUUCAGGAUAAGGUUAGAGAAAGAGAGUGAGAAGGACAAAGAGAAAGAUAAAGAGAAGGAGAAAGAGAAGGACAAAGAUGACAAAGAGGAGUAUGGAAGUUUGAAACCUCAGAGGCCUUCCACAUUGGCAAUCAGCAAAGAACCGGAGCCGACCCCGGCCGUCAUCUCUCCCAACCACUCUCCUGAGUUCUAUAACGAAGUAGCAGAGAGGCUGGACCAGAUUGCCCAGAGGUCCACCAGUAUAAAGACUCCCACAUCCCAGCAUUCACCAGCGGCAAGUGAGAAAGACGCAGUGGUGCGGCGGCUUGCUCAGGUGCUGUCUUUGGAGGGAGAUUCUAUGAACGUGAAGAUCCAGUCAGACCCCUUCCUACGCAACAGCUUGACUCGUCUCUCCUAUCCAUCGUUUGCCAAGCUUCUGGACGCUUUCAGCAGCAGUCAGGCAUCAGGGGCACCGGCCCUGCUGCCGACGGCGAGCCCAACGCUGCGACGCAUGGCUGUCACCAUGGAGGUAUCGCGGCGGAUCGUGACAGCCACAGGAACCCAGCGCAUGCAAGGCUAUGCAGAGUAUUACAUGGAGAGCUUCGCCCCAUGGGUCAAGAGCCACGGAGGAUGGGAGAAUGUGGUUCAUUUGGAGGAUUCUGCAGAGUAUGACUGAGUUCUCAGAGCUCCCGGCUGACUUUUUAUCCUACUAACCCACUGGUCAACACUGAGCUCUGGAUGAUGACAUCAGAGUGAACAGAGGCGGAACGACCUCACUACGUGGACCGGCUUUCCCACAGGGUCUUAUCUGGACUGUGACAAGACUCCAGAAGCCUCUUUGAUUUAUGUUCAUCUGGAUUCUACUGUAGGCAUCAGGAAGUACUUUCAUCAGGGGUUAUUGUUUUUACAUGGAGAAGAAUAAGAAUAAGAAGAAGAAGAAGAAGAAGAAGAAGAAGAAG